CCACCUGCGCCACAAGUAAUUACAUGGGUGAGAUUUGUGAAGGCCUUUAAUGAUAAAUAUUGUCCUGAGAUGUAUCGUUUUGCGCAAGAAGCAAAAUUUAUCAAUCUUAAAUAGGGGAGUAUGUCGGUGGCCGAAUAUGAUGCCAAGUUUAAUGCUCUUUCAGCUUAUACUACGGAUAUGGUGGAUACUGAAGAAAAGAAGGGUAGACGGUUCAGAAGUGGACUGGGGGAUAAUGUUCGAACCAGAAUAACGGCUUAUAAAGAAAAAGAUUAUGCGAAUUUGGUUGAAACAGCAAACAAGGUUGGCAAGGAUGUUGAAGAAAUGUUUGAAAAGCGGGAACAGACUAAGAGAAGCAAAACUGCAGCCAAUCAAGUUAGGCAAGCAAGCAAAUCUGGUGGUGACUACAAAUGUGGAAGCAGAUUUCAACAUUUGAAGGGGCAAAGUGAUUUCAAACAACAAAGUGGACAAGGGCAAGAGGUGAGUAAGCAAAGCGUGAGUAGGGAAGGUGGGUCAAGUGGUCGAGGGACUUUCUUUCGGUGCUUCCGUUGUGGUUCUCCUUAUCAUCGUGUUAGAGAUUGUCCGGAAGCAGGCAAGGGAAUUAAAUGUUACAAUUGUGGUGAAAUGGGGCAUAUGUCAACACAGUGUACAAAACCUCGUGCGCCGGCAGCAUCUUCAGUUGGCAGCGUUCCUGUUGGAAGCGAAGCUUCGAGUAGUUCUGUUGGUCGUGGUUGUGGAGUGAAUGGUUCUACUGCACCGGGUAGGGUGUUUGCUAUGACAUGACAGAAUGUUCAAGCUACUCCAAAAGUGGUGACAAGUUCAGAGGCAACAACGAGCACCGCAACUCCACGUAGGGAGUGAGCUUGUGUUGGUUUCUCUUUUUGUUGGAGACCGAGGUGAGCGUUCGAGU